AUGUCAACUGUAAAACAGUGUCCGCACUGCAAAGAGGAUGGUAAUCUACAGACAGAUUUUAGUGCAGGUAACGUAGUAUGUCAUACCUGUGGUCAGAUCGUAGAAGAAAAUAUACUAGUAUCCGAAGUAGGAUUUGCGGAAGGUUCAUCAGGUCGUAUACAUAUACAAGGUGCUUUCGUAGCACAUAACCAAACUGGUUUUGCGGGUGUGAGAAGUGGUGCGAAAGGUAUACAGAAUACUGAGGGCAUCAAACAAUCUGGUGCCAUCAAAAUCGAUAAUGUCGCUAGACAGAUGCACAUCAACAAUGUCAUCUCAGGUAAAGCGAAGCGAUUCUACUCCAUGGCGGUAGAUAACAAGUUUAAUAGAGGUAGAAGGACAGAAUACGUGGUGGCCAGUUGUCUAUACCUUGCUUGUAGGUUGAGUAAAGAUGCUCAUAUGUUGAUCGAUUUCAGUGAGAGGUUGAGUAUAAACGUCUAUGAACUCGGUGCUACGUAUCUCAAACUCCGUUCAAUCCUUCACUUACUCGAACAAAUGCCUGAAGUCGAUCCAGCAAUAUACAACCUCCGAUUCGCCCAUAAAUUAGAUUUCGGUCCCACGGUCCAUCUAAUCGCCACCGACGCAUCAAGGCUCGUCAGGCGGUUCAGAGCAGAUUGGAUGACUCAAGGUAGACGUCCAGCAGGAGUAUGCGGUGCAUGUCUGAUCAUCGCUGCUAGAAUGUCCAACUUUCUCAGAACUCCCGAUGAAGUUGCUCAAGUGGUCAAAGUUCAUCCUACAACCAUCAAGAAAAGGUUAUUGGAAUUUGCUCAAACGGAGAUGGCGAAAAAGACCGUGGCUGAAUGGAGGACAUUGACGGAUGAAGAUCUAGAUAAGAUGAACGAGUUGGAAAAACCACCUGUUGUGAAGAAGAGGGAAUUAAAACAGAUCAAAAUUGAGAGAUUGAAAAGGGAACAACAAGAGAGUAGCGAAUUAGGAUCGGAAGUUGAUGAGUUGGUGAAUGAAGAUGAAAGACCAAGUAAGAGAUUCAAAGGGAAGGGAAAGCAAAUAGAUGGAGAAGAUGAGGAUGAAGAUGAGGAGAUGAGAGGGAUGGUCACUGCUGCUGCGCAUGAUGUUGAAACUCAAGCGGAAGAUGCAGAUGAUGAAGGACGGGAUGAUGAGGAAGAGGAGGAAGAUGAUAAUCUGGAACCUAUCUCUCAAGCUGAUUAUGUGAAUGAGCUGGAACUCGCCCGUGAUAAUCCUGAAGAGUCACGAGCGGAGAGGCUGAGAGAGAAAUCAGCCUUCAUGAGACAAGUGAAAAACUUACAGAAGAACGGUAACGAUCAGAUUGAUAUUUAUAAUGAGUUGGAGCUAGAUGCGUUGAUAGACUAUGAUAAAGAGGAAGAUGACGACGAUGAGGAUGAAAACAAGGAGGAAGAAUUGGGUGAACCCGCUACUCAGUUAAGAUCAAUAACGAAAGAAGAGCAAGAUGCCGCAGCGGGAGGUAAGACGAAGAAAGAGGAUGUUGGAGGAGAAGAAUUCCAAGAAUGGGAAAAUCAAGAAGCCGUGUUAGAUUACCUGGCCAAAGAUGUAUUCAAAGGUGAAGAAUUACUAUAUCAAGGUAAACAUAUGACGGAUCGUAUCAAGAUGUGGAUAGGAGCUAGAGAUCCCAAAACCCUAAUGGAAGAAUUAUCAGUGGUACAUCAAGCUAGGUUGAAAAGAGAGAAAUUAUCAAAAGUGAAAGAAACUGAAUUUGAAGAUCUGGAUGAUGAAGAGUUGGAAAUGAGUUUUAGGCUGGACGAAGAUGAGAAACAGGCAAGAGCGAGGAUAUGGUUGAGUAGUAAUGGCAAAUGGUUAGAGGAGGAGAAGGUCCGACAAGAACAACGUGCCAUAGCAUUACGAGCGAAAGGGAUCGAUCCUACCAAACCCAAACCAAAGAGGAAACGUGCUACACCUCAUAAAGGACCGUACAACAGUUCUCGUGAGGCGAUCCAGAAUUUCGCCAAAGGGAAACAGUUCUCUGCGAGAAUCAAUUACGAUAUUCUACGUGGACUCAAGAUGGGCGGUGCUGGUGGUCCUUCUUCUGGCCCUUCAGGUCUGAUGAGGAUGAAUGAUGAUAAAGAUGAUGAGUACUAUGAGGAUGAUAAAGGCGAUGAGGACGAUAGUAGGUGGGAUGAAGAGAAGGGUGAUGAGGGUGGGGAGUGGUAG